CGGCCUUCCGGGCUCUCUGCUUUUGACCGGGUCGCAUGAGCCCUCCUCCGGCCGGAGCUGGUGCUCUUGCCAGCCGCCCGCGAGGCCGGUUGAGUGACCGGGGAAGCCGGCUUGCCACCCUCCUCUCGCCGACCUAUGAUACAAAAGACCUUCCGGGGGCUGCACCUGCCUGCCUGAGACGGAUCUGAAUCUCUUUCUCUCUCUUCAGAACCUUAUCUUGGCUUUGGAUCUUAGAAGAGAAUCACUAAGCAGAGACCAGACUCUGUGUGUGAAGCAGGUGUUUUGGACAAUGGACUGGUUGAGCCCAUCUCUGUUAUAAAAAAAUUUUUUUUAAAAAUGUCUCAGAGCAACCGGGAGCUGGUGGUUGACUUUCUCUCCUACAAGCUUUCCCAAAAAGGAUACAGCUGGAGUCAGUUUAGUGAUAUGGAAGAGAGCAGGACUGAGGCCCCAGAAGGAACUGAAUCGGAGAUGGAGACCCCCAGUGCCAUCAAUGGCAACCCAUCCUGGCACCCGGCGGACAGCCCGGCGGUGGUGAAUGGAGCCACGGGUCACAGCAGCAGUUCGGAAGCCCGCGAGGUGAUUCCCAUGGCAGCUGUGAAGCAAGCACUGAGGGAAGCAGGCGACGAGUUUGAAUUGCGGUAUCGACGGGCAUUCAGUGACCUGACAUCCCAGCUCCAUAUCACCCCGGGGACAGCGUAUCAGAGCUUUGAACAGGUAGUGAACGAACUCUUCCGGGAUGGGGUAAACUGGGGUCGAAUUGUGGCCUUUUUCUCCUUCGGCGGGGCACUGUGUGUGGAAAGCGUAGACAAGGAGAUGCAGGUAUUGGUGAGUCGGAUCGCAAGCUGGAUGGCCACUUACCUGAAUGACCACCUAGAGCCUUGGAUCCAGGAGCACGGCGGCUGGGACACUUUUGUGGAACUCUACGGGAACAAUGCAGCUGCUGAGAGUCGGAAGGGCCAGGAGCGCUUCAACCGCUGGUUCCUGACGGGCAUGACUGUGGCAGGAGUGGUUCUGCUGGGCUCGCUCUUCAGUCGGAAAUGACCAGACACUGACCGCUCACUCACCGCCCUGCCCCUGCCACACCCCUUCCUCUCACCACCAUUGCCACCAGGAGAACCACUACAUGCAGCCCACGCGCCACCCCACCCCACCACAGGGUUGGGUCUAGACCUGGUCCCCUGCUGUUAGUUUUCUAGAAUCCACCACGCUUCUAUGAGAGCCACCUUCCCCUGUACUUCAAUCCUCUUGGCCUCAAAAACCACAAAAUUUUCGCCCCAAGGAGGCUGGUAAGAAUGAGGUGGAGGGGCCAGGGUCAGGAGGGCCUGCCUCGUGGAUAGAACCUGUAUUACCCCUUAGCUUCCUGAGUAUGCUUUCUUGGCAGGGAGCUGGAAAGUUUUCUGGACCUCUCCCCCCAGAAAGAGAGACUAGGUUGCCUUUGUUUUGAUGUCUGUGGCCUCAGAAUUGACCAUUUCCCAUUCCCCUGUGGACCUGGGACCCCACUUCCUUCCAUCUCCACCCCCCAGGAGCCUUUUGAGGCCGCUUUUCACUAAUUAAGCAUUCGGGCUGCUUGAGAUGGAAAAGCAAGGACCAGGACUCCUCCCCCCUCUGGCCUGGCCAAAGUCAAGUCCCCAACUCCUAGUCUGAAUGUUCCCCAAAGGCCUCUCAGCCUGGAGGCCAGCCCCACCCCAGAGGGAAGGAACCAUAGCCGCCCGAGGCACCCAUGCUAAAGCUGGGGUGGCCCUCUCGGUCUUAGCACCACCCCAAGUCCCUUCCCCACCCCUCUCUCCUGGCUCCCACCACCAUGACUGAGGGACCAACUGGGCCCAAGACAGGUGUCCCAGAGCUGUUUAUGGCUCCAGCUGCCUCGCUUCCUGCAAGACCAGCCUGUGGCAUCUUUGUCUUGAGUUGCUGCCUGUAGGACCUG